UUACCCAAGCAGAAGUGCAUUGACUCAAAUUGAAAUGCAAGUGUCAACACAGCUUACAUAAUCAAUGAGGGAGGGGAUAUAACUCUAUGAAUGGAACAGCCAAUUGAUACUACAUCCACAAGUUAAACAUUAACCAGUCAGAUUUUUCAAGAACUGCUUAAAAAUCUAUCCUGUCACCCAAAUCAGUCAGUUAGCUGCUAAGUCACCGAGCGAUCAACACUAAGGGCCAACUUGGACAAUUACAGACUCCAAGCAGAAGAUAAUUUUACAGCUGAAAGUAAAAUUUGAAAAUUAUAACCUGAAAUUGAUUUCAAGAUGGCAUCUUUUCUGGAAUCUCCCUCAGCUAUUAUAAUGAGAUGUUGUAUAUUAGUUACCAUGGUUCACUCUCUUUGUGCCUGUAUGUGUCAACCUUCUCAUCCUCAGCAAAGAUACUGCAAAGCAAACUUUGUGUUAACAGGACAUGUAUUGGAAAAGAACCCAAUAGAUGAUAUUCAACUGAGAGGGCGCUUUGGUCAAUUUGAGUAUGUUGUCAAUGUGGAUAAGAUCUUCAAGGAGACUGAAAAUCUGAGGAAAAGUGCAUCAAGGUUUCCACUGUCAAUCUUAACAUCACCAGGAGAUAGCCUUUGUGGUCCAAAGUCACUCAAAAUAGGAUCAAAGUAUCUUAUAACAGGUAGUAUUGUUGAUGGUGAACUUCACAUUAGUUCAUGUGAUUGGAUUGAGGAAUGGAGAGAUGUAACACAACACCAGAAGAAAGGAAUAAAACAUUUCUACAAUGCAUACUGCUCUCAAUGCACAAUCCAGUCUACGACAGGUAGAUGGAGACAGACCGGUGAAGGAUCAUCAGGUGGAUGUAUCUAUGAUCCUUCCCCUAGUAUGGUAGAUGGUGUAGAGGAUUGCCAAGCCCUUUAUGCCACCUGUAUCACUCAGCAAGGAGAGGGGUGUCAAUGGUAUCAUCGUGGUAAUGACUACCAAGACUGCAUCAAUAGAAACAAACCUUACUACCAAGGAGUUGAGACUAUGCAGAGUGUAAGUUUCCCUAUCAUGGAUGAUGAUGUCAUGACUUAAGAUCAACAUGGUGUGGAGGCUAAACAGGACACCUAAACUACCGAACUGACAUCUGUAACAGGGGUUAAGCCGUUGCCUACUGGAACUAGGUAGUACCUGUACAAAGUCUAUGAGAACGUACAUAAUUCAGCAGGCAAUGGGCCGCAGACAAAGAGUGUUGAUUCUCUCAUUAUGGACAAUGGGAUCCAUUGCCAAUGGGAACCUGGAAAUGCCAGUGUAGAAUUGAUAGGAAUGAAGGAACACAGGCAAUGAGUAGUCUGGAAUUCUGUUGUUCUCCUUAGUCAACAAGUGUGUAAAGCACUCUAAACACAAACACAGAGGUUGAUUUUUUGGAUAUGUUUUAGUUGUUUAUGUUUAUUUAAAAGAUGCACAGAUAUUUUGUUUUGUUGUUUCUUUUACAUAUAUAUUUUCCUUGAAAAACAUUGAAAUAUGAAUUGAAGUCAGAGCUUGUCAGGCUCAGAAAUUAUGACAUAUCUUGCCUUAUAUUUAUUGCAAGGAUAAAAUGUAAAUGUAUAUAGUUAAUAUAUUUCUAAAGUAUGUUAGUACACAAAAGCUUAUUCAUUUAGCACUCUAGUCAAAGAGACAUCAAUAUGCUAUUGAAGCUUAAAACAAGAAAACAUAAAAAAGAAACUUGAUAACCAAAAUAGACAGAGAAAAAAAAAUUGAUAAAAAAGAAAUGUAAUUUCAAAGACUUUAAACUUUUAAAAAGUUAACUUUCAACAUUUUUAAUCCAGUAAAUACGUAGUAUCAUUAAAUGUUAGACCAAUUCAAAUACUAGAUCAGAAUGUUUUGUGGUAAAUGGUAUAUGAUAAAUAAGAAGAAUCCAAAACAUUUGUUUAUUCAUAAAUAAAUCCAUUUCAGAAGCUUGGUUAAAACAUAUUUAACUCAAAACCAAACAAGAAACAACCCAAGCAUGACUGAAGAUUUUUUAAUCCAAUUAUUGAUAAGAGCCCUAUAUUCCAAUAAACGGUCAUCUUAGUCAUAGAUGGUCAUGAUUAUUUUGUCCAUUCCAUGCCUUACAAAGCAAUUGACAAGCUGUAAAUUUGUGCAAUUUGUAAUUAAGGGUUCUGGUUGAAAAAUAGCAAUAGCGCCAUCUCUGGUGUAACUGCUGUGUUAAAUGUUGAAAGUAUAGAAAAUUACACCUAGCAGUACAUUAUCUCCAGAGUCUCAGAAGCAGAAAAAUUACUAUAUGUGAUAACUUCAUAAUUAAAUUUUAUUGUUCAUGUGAUUACAACCCA